AUGGACGUGGCUCAAGCAGUGGCCGGCUACGUAUCACGCAUGGUUUCAUCAGCCGACCCUCUUUCGAACACACAGUCGGCCAAGAUGAAGGUCCUACUGCUGGACCGGGAAACCGUGCCUAUCGUGUCCACCGCCAUUACGCAAUCUUCUCUGCUUAACCACGAAGUGUAUUUAAUCGACCGGAUUGAUAAUCCCAGCAGAGAAAAGAUGCGUCAUCUUCGAUGCUUAUGUCUCGUACGGCCAUCACCAGAAUCUAUCCAGCUGCUCAUCGAUGAACUGCGCGAGCCCAAAUAUGGCGAAUACCACUUGUACUUCACCAACGUUGUGAAGAAAUCAUCGCUCGAAAGGCUUGCUGAGGCGGACGACCACGAGGUGGUCAAGCUAGUUCAGGAGCAUUUUGCCGACUUCAUUGUCAUUAACCCGGACUUAUUUUCUCUCGGACUCAGCCUUCCUCAUCAACGCAUUUGGGGGAGUGGCCCACACACCUGGAACCCGGACGCGCUUCAGCGAAGUGCGGAUGGACUCGUUGCUCUAUUGCUGGCGCUCAAGAAGAAGCCUUUGAUUAGAUAUGCCAACACGAGCCCGCUCACUAAGAAGUUGGCAACGGAAGUCCGCUAUCGCAUUACCCAGGAAGAGCAGCUGUUCGAUUUCAGAAAGGUGGACACCCCUCCCAUUCUUCUAAUCCUUGACCGUCGCGAGGAUUCGGUCACGCCGCUACUUACCCAGUGGACGUAUCAAGCCAUGGUGCAUCAUCUCCUAGGCAUCAACAACGGUAGAGUCGAUUUGAGUGAUGUUCCGGACAUUCGGCCGGAGCUCAAGGAAAUCGUUCUGUCUCAAGAUCAAGAUCCCUUCUUCAAGAAGAACAUGUAUCUCAACUUCGGCGACCUAGGUGGAAACAUCAAGGACUACGUGGAACAGUACCAAUCCAAAACGCAGAACAACGCCAACAUCGAGUCCAUAUCUGAUAUGAAGCGUUUCAUCGAGGAGUAUCCGGAAUUCCGGAAGCUGUCGGGCAAUGUGAGCAAGCAUGUUACCUUGGUCUCAGAGUUGAGCAGGCGUGUGGGCGCGGAAAAUCUUCUCGAAGUCAGCGAGCUCGAGCAGAGCCUAGCAUGCAACGAUAACCAUGCAGCCGACGUAAAGAACAUCCAAAAGCUCAUCCAGUCCCCGAAGGUGACAAGUGACAGCAAGGUUGCCUUGGUUGCUCUGUACGCACUGCGAUAUGAGCGCAACCCGUCGAACUCUCUUCCAAUGCUCAUUGACCUUCUGGUGGCAGCUGGUGGGGUUUCGGUACGGCGAGCAGAUCUCGUCCCGAAGUUAGUGUCUUAUCAAUCGUCUCUGCAGCAGUCACAGGCACAGACAGGCAUCACAGACAUAUUCGAAUCAGCGGGCAUUUUUGGCUCAGCGGGCAAUCGAUUCAAGGGGCUUAAAGGUGUUGAGAAUGUCUAUACCCAGCACAGUCCCCUGAUGGAGAGCACCUUGCAAAAUUUGAUCCGGGGGAGACUCAAAGAACAACAAUAUCCAUUUGUCGAGGGUGGCGGGACUACACGAGAUAAGCCGCAGGACAUAAUUGUUUUCAUGGUCGGAGGUGCAACAUAUGAAGAGGCCAAGAUGGUUGCGACCAUCAAUGCAAGCACACCCGGUGUUCGACUGGUGUUGGGCGGCACAACCGUUCAUAAUGCUUCAACGUAUCUCGAGGAAGUCGAAGAUGCUGUGUCCUCAUGGCCCGAUUCGCAACAAAUGGGAACGAGACGGCCUUUCGACGUUGUCGUCGUAGGAGGUGGUCAUGCCGGCGCAGAAGCAUGCGCCGCCGCCGCCAGAGCCGGCGCAAAGACGGCCCUGGUCACCCCGAAAAUGGAGAAUCUCGGCACCUGCUCUUGUAACCCUUCGUUCGGCGGUAUUGGAAAGGGUAUCAUCUUGCGCGAGAUCGAUGCUCUGGAUGGAUUAGCCGGCAGAAUCAUUGACAAGGCUGGCAUCCAGUUCAAGGUCCUGAACCGUUCAAAAGGCCGCGCCGUAUGGGGCCCUCGGGCGCAAAUCGAUCGAAAACUUUACCAGAGAUACAUGAGAGAAGAGCUGGAAACGUAUCCAAACUUGUCCGUUGUACUUGGCAGCGUCACCGACAUUGUGACAGAUGUCACGCUUGAUGCUACGAGCGCGGCGAAAAAUAGGAUUACCGGUGUACGUCUGGAGUCUGGCGAAGUCCUCCCUACCACCCAGGUCAUCAUCACAACCGGCACGUUCUUGAGCGGCGAGAUACACAUUGGUAUGGAAUGUUACCCGGCAGGUCGCAUCGGAGAGGACGCCUCGUAUGGUCUGAGCAAGUCGCUCAAGGACGCGGGCUUUAGCCUAGGAAGGCUGAAGACGGGCACACCGCCUCGCAUUGCCAAGGACAGUAUCAACUACUCAAUAUUGGAAGAACAACCAGGGGACGAUCCACCCCUACCCUUCAGCUUUUUGAACAGUCAGGUCGCUGUGCAGGAUCAGAUGCUCUGCUACAUCACUUACACGAAUGAAACAACACACGCAAUUGUUCGCGAAAAUCUGGACAAAACAAUACACAUUCGGGAAACUAUCAGGGGUCCCAGAUACUGCCCAUCCUUGGAAGCCAAGAUUGUCCGCUUCUCUGACAAGGAAAGGCACAUCGUGUGGCUGGAGCCUGAGGGUUUUGACAGCGACGUGAUUUAUCCCAACGGCCUAUCGAUGACUGUCCCGCCUGAAGCUCAAGAACAGAUCCUUCGCUCAAUUAGGGGCUUGGAGCGCUCUGUCAUGACGCAACCAGGAUACGGUGUCGAAUAUGAUUACAUUGAUCCCCGGAGCCUAAAGUCUACUCUGGAGACAAAGAAUAUUGCCGGCUUGUACCUGGCAGGCCAGAUUAACGGAACUACAGGUUACGAGGAGGCGGCAGGGCAAGGCAUUGUCGCUGGCAUCAAUGCUGGCCGAGCUGCUCAGGGUCUUUCACCAGCCUCUAUUUCGAGAGCAGACGGUUACAUCGGUGUUAUGAUCGAUGACCUGAUCACCAAGGGCGUCACAGAGCCAUACAGAAUGUUCACAUCGCGAAGUGAAUACAGGCUGGCGUCUAGGGCGGACAACGCAGAUUUGAGGUUGACUAAACAAGGACGCGAAUGGGGAGUCGUCACAGACAAGCGUUGGAGCUCCUUCUCUCACGAGAAACAGCAGAUGGAUGAACUGAUGUCUCUGCUCAAGAGAACAUCAAAAGCGCCCCAGGAUUGGAUUCGUGCAGGUUUCCCUUUCAGCAAAAUAUCUGAAUAUCGCGACGCUGCUGACAUGCUCCUGUUGCGAAACGUCACGAUGGACCAAGUUGCCGCUGUUGUUCCUGGGAUCGGUGACUUCGCUGAGAACAUCAAGUCUCGGGUUCAUAUUGAGGCCAUGUACACACCCUGGGUAAAGAGGCAGGUCAGUGAGCGCAAAGUCCUCAGCCAUGAUGACAAGGUACAUCUCUCAUCAGUUGAUUACGAUGAGGUCCCAGGACUGGCUACGGCGGAAAAGAAUGUGCUGAAGGCCAUCAGGCCCGAGACUCUGGCUCAAGCUAGGAGGCUAGAAGGCAUCACCCCUGCUGGGUGCAUUCGAUUGGUUUCCUACAUCAAGAAUCAGGUCCGCAUCAAACGAGCGGAGCGCUUGGCAAAGCAGACCGGACAGUUCAAGUUAGAGAACCCGAGGGCUUCCAUGCCUCAACUGCCUUGA